AUGAAGGGGAAGGGUCAAGGACAUAUUGCCAAGGAGGGGAAUAGCCGAGAAGAUAUUGCCAUUGCGUCGAGCAAGCCACAGACAUCAGAUAAUUUCUACUGCCUGGACUCCAAACAGCUUCUUGUUUUUCCCAAGGCUCCUGUGAUGAAGCAUGUCUAUCCGCAAAUAGCACUGAACAAAACCCUCAUGAAUCUUGACACAUCAGUGCUGCCCGAUAUAGCCAAACAUGUUCUUAAUGUACCAUUUGGGAUGACUGACAAAUCUAAACAGAAGGAUGAAAUUCAGCCUGAAGCUGUGACUGCUGCUGUCUGUCCGAAGCUUUUGUCUCAGCAGAUGACUCUAAAAAAGCAGAAACCUUAUGAAUGUAAGGUCUGUAACAAACACUUUGCUAAUUCUGAUUCCCAUCGCUACCACAUGAAGACUCACAUGGAUCAGCUGCACUGGUUUGAUAUUUGUGACAAAUGGUACAAGUUAGCAUCAGAUCUCAACAGACACAAACUGGCUCUGCAUCCAAUACCUUCCGACAAAGAGUCAUCUUGCUCUGAUAUUGAGGAUGAGGAACAAAACAUUGAAGUAGAAAAUGAAGUAGUAGAUGCUCAAGAGAUAGAAGAUUUGUAUGAAUCAGAUGAUGUGGCAGGUGAUGGGGUUCAUGAUGCAGGCAGUGCAGAAGUUGAUACUGAGACUGAUGAGGGGCAGCUUAGUCGGGGAAAUGUCAUACCAGGAAAUGGAACCAGCAGAAAGCUGACCACACCUGCACGUCCUUCCACUCAAGUCAUGUGCAACCUCUGUGGCAAGUUCUUCGAAAGCCACGAGUCGAAGUCCCACUACUCCGAACAUAUGGGUGGGGAUGUGUACAAGUGCAGCAAGUGUCACCAGAGGUUCAAUCUGUUUCCCGACCUCAGCAAACACUCAAAGACCUGUAAGGAAUCUUUGGAACAUUUGAAGGCAUUUUCUUGCAGCUUCUGUAACAAGCAGUUUGACAAGCAGGACCACAUAAAGACACAUAAUGGAACCGAGGAGGAAAGGUCUGAGGCACAGAACAUCCAGUGCUACCAAGGGGAAGUAACCAGCGCUUGCAAGGGAUAG